AUGGCAUCCAUCAAGAACAUUAUCUUCGCUCUCUUGGUCGCUGCCGAUUUUGCAGCUGCUCACAGCGUCAUCACAAACGCGGUUGGAGACGCCGGUGGCUCUGGCAUGGCUCUCGGUGUUGACACCUCCACUCCUCGCGAUGGUACCAGACGCCGUCCCUUCCAAACCGAUGCUACUCGCUUCCGUGGUAGUGCCGCUGACACCGUUGGCGAGACCCUCGCUGGUGGUGACAACCAGAUUGAGCAGGGCACCCUCGACAUCAUGGAAGAGACUGGCAGUCAGCUUCCUCAAGUCAACCCUGGCGGCAGCCUCGAGAUGACAGUCCAUCAGGUCAACUCCGAUGGCGCUGGGCCUUAUACCUGUAUGAUCAACGCUGAUGGAACUGGCACUUCUUGGGAUAACAUCCAGGUUACUACCAACGUUGAAGGCAAUGAGCGUGGCCGCAACCGUGAUGGUGAGAUGGGUGACUUUCCUCUUGUGGCCUCGAUCCCUGCUGGACAGGAAUGCACGGGCUCGGUUGCUGGUGAGGAGAACGUUUGCCUUGUUCGUUGCCAGAAUCCGGCGCGGGCCGGUCCUUUCGGUGGUGUCAUUCCGGUUCAGAUGGCCCAAGCUACCGGCAACAACAACAACGCUGGCACCGGUAAUGCUGGUAACACUGGUAACACUAGUAACACUGGUAACACUGGUAACACUGGAAACGCUGGAAACGCUGGAAAUACGGGCAACACUGGCAGCGCGGGCAACGGUAACGGGGACGGGGACGCCGAUGAAGAAGAUACCCAGGACCAGAGCGACACCAACACCAACACUAACAACCGUAACAACCGCCGCGCUACUCAGUUCUCUGCAUAG